AAGUCCUCUCCUCCCUCCUCUGGAUCACUUUCGUCCACCUGAUCCCUCGUUCCAAAGACCUAAGGAUGGACUGGAGCGCUUACGACUCUCUGGAUGUACCUCCUCUCACCCCCACCAGUAAGGAGGUCCUGAGCCAGGCGAUAAGGGCCACCUUCGCUGGCUUCGCCCAGGAGAGCAGCCGUAUGCACUUCCCACAAGACCCUAAACUGUGGUCAGAUUGGGAGGUGAACCACUGGUUAGACUGGUGCCAGGCUGAGUUCGGCCUCCAAAGCCUGGGCUCGGAUUGGAGAGGGCUGCCUGGGAGUGAGCUCUGUACCCUGGACAGAGAGGCCUUCCUGGACCUGAGCUCUGACUACACAGCGGGAGAGAUCCUCUGGGAACAUCUGGAAACUAUGCGCAGAGAUUGUGAAUAUGAUCAUGGUUCCUCUCCAGUCCUUUGCACGUUGAAUUCUCUCUGCCAGUCGCAAACUAACCAAGACAGUUACGUGGACCAUGUGCAGCUCAUGGACAAGCAGAAUCACCAUGGUCAGUUCUCCCAUCUCCCAACAGAACCCCCACAGCUUCUGACCCUUGACACUGUGCGAUAUCAGGACUACCACCGGGUCAUACAGGAAGGACCAUACAGAAACCACCUGUCCUCUGUCCCUCUGCUCCGAGACCUUGACAGGACAGAUUGUGAUUCUGAGUUUGGGACCCUGCAUUAUGAGGACACGGACAUCACCGCUUCCCUGUCCUUGACUAGGCCAAUGCAGGAUUUAGACAAGGGUGUGGAAGAGUCCAUCUCUGAGGACCCCUUCAAUUUGCCACCCCCACACAGGAGCUUCAAAGAGUUUAUAGGGGACAAGACUGAUCUGGGUAGAGCGGUGGUUCCGGCAGGCAUUCUGUCUGCUUAUACUGGCAGCGGUCCCAUUCAGCUGUGGCAGUUUCUAUUGGAGCUCCUCAUUGACCGCAGCUGUCAAUCAUUCAUAAUUUGGACAGGGGAUGGAUGGGAGUUUAAACUGACAGAUCCUGAUGAGGUGGCCCAGCUAUGGGGCCGGAGGAAGAACAAGCCUAAGAUGAACUACGAGAAGCUGAGUCGAGGCCUGCGCUACUACUACGACAAGAACAUCAUCCACAAGAACGCUGGCAAGCGCUACGUCUACCGCUUCGUCUGUGACCUGCAAGGCCUGCUGGGAUACGAACCCUGGGAACUGCACGCCAUGUUGGAUAUCACGGCCAAAGACGGACAUGAGUGAAAGCGAGGAAUUGGGCGUUUCCUUUAUUCCUCGACCACUUCUAAAAACGCAUUGGAGGAGAAGGUCCGAGGGGAGGAACCGUAGAGAGGAAUGGGAGGAGCCUCAGAUCUUCUCCUUCAGUGAGUUUUGAGGAGGUUGAAGGAUCAAGGAAAUACUUUUGAGAUUCACCUUAUGGUGCAGACGGCGAAGGGUCAAGAGACAGAGACUGUGUUUACAAAAACUUUACCUCUUUAUCAUUUGGUCAUAUGGCAAUCAUUUCUUUGGUCAACUGAAUCAUGAUUGGGGGUAAGCUGUGGGGCUUGUAUGUUUAUAUGUGGUAUGUAUAUAUUCAAUAUAAUUAUUGAAUAUAUGAGAAGAGAAACAUUUUUGUUUAAAUUGUUGUUUAUACAGUGCCUUCAGGAAGUAUUUGUCCCCUUGACUUUUCCCACAUUUUGUUAGUUUACAAGGUGGGUUAAAAACAUUUUGGUCAAUGAUUUACACUAAAUUACUCUGUAAUGUCAAAGUAGAAGAAAUGUUCUAACAUUUGUACAAAAAAAUAAUAUGAAAAAUAAAACCCAUAUCUUGAUUACUUAACUAUUCAACCCCUUAAGUUAGAAUCACCUUUGGCAGAGAUUACAGCUGUAAGUCUCUAAGAGAUGUGAGUCUUUCUGGGUAAGUCUCUAAGAGCUGUAUGUCUUUCUGGGUAAGUCUCUAAGAGCUGUGAGUCUUUCUGGGUAAGUCUAAGAGCUGUAUGUCUUUCUGGGUAAGUCUCUAAGAGCUGUAUGUCUUUCUGGGUAAGUCUCUAAGAGCUGUAUGUCUUUCUGGGUAAGUCUCUAAGAGUUGUAUGUCUUUCUGGGUAAGUCUCUAAGAGCUGUGAGUCUUUCUGGGUAAGUCUCUAAGAGCUGUGAGUCUUUCUGGGUAAGUCUCUAAGAGCUUUGUACCCAUCUACCAAUAGGUGCCCUUUGCGAGUCUUUGGGGUUGAAUCUGUGUUUGAAAUUCACUGCUCGACUGAGGGACCUUACAGAUAAUUGUAUGUGUUGGGUACAGAGAUUAGGUAGGCAUUCAAAAAUCAUGUAAAACACUAUUAUUGCACACAGAGUAAGUUCAUGCAAUUUAUUAUGUGACUUACGUAGAUUUUUACUCCUGAACUAAUUACCGCUUGUCAUAACAAAAGGGUUGACAUUUUAUCUUUUCAUUUUUUUAUUAAUUUGUCAAAAUGUAUUAAAAAACAUCGUUCCACUUUGACAUUACGUGUUAUUGUGUGUAGACCAGUUACAAAAAAAAUCCUAAUUGAAUCCAUUUUAAGUUCAGGCUGUAACAAUAAAAUGUGUAGAAAGUCAAGGGGAGUGAACCCUUUCUGAAGGCAUAUAGGCGCUGUAUAUCUCAGAGAUGUCUUUUAUCAACCAUCUUUAGCAACAUGGAUCUUAUUGGUCAAACGUUUGUCAGUUUUACAGGUUUUAGCAAAUAAAAAGUGGUUAAAAAUCA